GACGGCUCCCCCAGAGCCAUGUCCAGGUUCCUGAGGCACUUCACCGUGGUCGGGGAUGACCAUUACAAAUGGAAUACCAGAUAUAAGAAAUGGGACAAUGAGGAGGAUGAUGAUGAGCAACCACAGGCGCCGACAGCGCCAACCCCAGUGGCCGACGUCCCUGGAUCCGAGAUCAACGCCGCCGAAGUUCCAGGGGAGACUGUCACCCCUCCAAAGGCCCCCCCAGACUUCAGGACUGUGAUGAGAAAGCUCUUCGCUUCCCACAGGUUUCAGGUUAUCAUCAUUUGCCUAGUCAUUAUGGAUGCCUUACUGGUGCUUGCUGAGUUGAUGUUAGACUUGAAAAUCAUCCAGCCCGACAAGGACAACUAUGCUGCCAGGGUGUUCCACUAUCUAAGCAUUGCCAUCUUGACCUUCUUCAUGAUAGAAGUUGCAUUAAAAUUAUAUGUCUUCCGCCUGGAAUUUUUCUACCACAAGUUUGAGAUCCUGGAUGCUGUUAUUGUGAUCAUCUCUUUUGUACUGGAUAUUGUCCUUCUGUUCCAAGAACAUGCCUUUGAAGCCCUUGGCUUAUUGAUCCUUCUCCGACUUUGGAGGGUGGCCAGGAUUAUCAAUGGCAUAAUUAUUUCAGUCAAGACACGUUCUGAACGACAACUCUCGAGGCUGAGACUGAUUAAUCAUCAACUGGCCGCUAAAAUUCAGCAUCUUGAAUUCAGCUGCACCGAGAAGGAGCAAGAAAUUGAAAGACUUAACAAACUCUUAAGAGAUCAUGGACUUCUUGAGUAGCUGGACCAGGCAAUAUUUGCUUAGCCCCAUGGAGA